UUUAAAGGAGAUGGAUUGCGUUUUCUUUAUUUCUGUGAUUAUUUAGCAAGAAGGUAGCUAACGUAAAUUUACACUCCAACACAGAGGGUGGCGCUAAUGCUAAUUAAAGCUAGCUUCUAACCUGCCGGUUAAACUGGUGGGUAAAAGAAGACGAAGAAGAACGGCACAACACGUGUUUCCGGUUUUUCCUUUGCCUGUUUGUAGAGGAGCCUGACUGGUAAACAGUUCGCCAGGUAAAGGAAUAAAAAUGGUUCGUAAACUGAAAUACCAUGAACAGAAACUGUUGAAGAAGGUGGACUUUAUAAACUGGGAGGUGGACAACAACAUGCACGAGGUAAAGGUGCUGAGGAAGUUUCACAUCGAGAAGAGAGAAGACUACACCAAGUACAACAAGCUGAGUCGUAACGUCAGAGACCUUGCUCAGAAAAUUCGAGACUUGGAUGAGAAGGAUGGCUUCAGAGCUCAGAGCUCUCACCGAUUAUUAGAAAAACUGUACAGCAUCGGCCUCAUCCCCACCAAACAGAACCUGGCCCUCACAGAGAAAGUCACAGCUUCCUCAUUCUGCAGGAGGAGGCUGCCCAGUAUCAUGUUGAGCCUUCGCAUGGCUCAGAACCUAAAGACAGCCAUUACUUUCAUCGAACAAGGCCAUGUGCGUGUUGGCCCAGAUAUCGUGACAGACCCAGCAUUUCUAGUGACAAGAAAUAUGGAAGACUUUGUCACUUGGGUGGACUCCUCGAAGAUCAAACAGCAUGUCGUGAAUUAUAACGACGAGAGGGACGACUUUGAUCUGAUCGCCUAAGUUUGGCUGAGAGGAGCCAGAACCACCAGCGGUUCCGAUCUGGUCACUGGGGGAAAUACAUUUAAAAAAAGACUCAUUCUUCUGAUCAAACCGGAGCACGGCACACUGCUCGUGAAGCUUCUGUCAAAGUCUGUAGUGAUAAUGAAGUUUUGUGGACUGACAGCUGAUCAUGCACGUGAAAGCAGAAGCUGUAAAAAUGGUGUGCGGUGUCACACAAAGACUGGAAAUGAAAACGUCUGAGGUGCGGAAUCUUCUAAUUCUGGUGGAUUAGGCUCCUGAAAAAAGAACUUAGUCAUAGUGACUGUCCACUUUUACACGUGUUUUUGAACCAAGUUAGUGGUUCUGGAGGACUGACUGGCAUAUUUGGGGAAAAAAAGCAGAAAUAUUUAAAUGGCUCAAUGAAUAAAUAAAUCAGAAUAGGAAAAAUGCACCAAUUAAGUGAUAAAUGCAACAAGAUUUUAUAUUUCUAGUCUGAUUUCCGAUAAAUACUUUUGCUUUAAUAAGAAUUUAAUUUACCACAUGCUUAUCACAUGUUCUUAUUUUUUUGUAAUUUAUUCACUGGACUUUUUAAAGUUUUAUUUCAAAGACAGUUGAAGGAUCAGCCAUUUCAAUCAACCAACCUUAUUUACAUAAUUAGACUUGUCGGAAAAUAACAGGUUAAGGAAAUCAAUGUAAGAAAUGAAAGACGAAAGGCAUCUAUCAGUAAAAGAGAAAUAAUAAAAGUCUAAAUAAAUGGCUUAAAUACAUGUUUUGGGGAAGAAAUAGCUAAAAAAAAACUCCAGAGAAAAGUAUUAACGGCACAAAAAUAAGACUAAAGUGACUCAGAAAAUAAAGCAAAUAAAUGGUUUGUUUUAAAGCAAAAGUGCACUAAUAGAAAACUAAAAUGAAAAUACAAAAUGUUGCAUUUAAUUUUAGCCUACUAAUGUGUUUUUGAGCCACUUGAAUAUUUCUGCUGUUAUUGUGAAUUCAGUCCUCUACAAAUAAUCUCAAAGCUUUCUUUUUUUGUUUUUUCCUUCCAUACAACAAAUGCUUGUGGAUUGAAAUAAGUGGGUAAAAAGUCUGUUUGUUGUUUAAUAAAACAUUUUUUGUA